CCGAAAUAGAGAGUUUUGGGGGGAGAGAGAGAGAGAGAGGGGGGGGCAGGCGAAAGGAUCGGGUGGCAGCGAUGAUGGAUCCAGCGAGCGGCGGCGACGGGGGAGGAGAAGGCGGAGGGUUGUCGGCCCUGCUAUCGGGGUGGAGCCUCGGGAUUUCCCGGCGGUACCAGCACCUGCUCGACAAGGCCACGCCUUAUGUGCUCCGGCGCUGGGUCUGGCUGGCGGCGCUAGGACUUGCCUAUGCCAUCCGCGUUUUGAUCGCCCAGGGUUUCUAUGUCGUGACCUACGCCCUCGGAAUCUACAUCCUCAAUCUGUUGAUCGCCUUCCUUUCGCCCCAGGUAGAUCCCGAGAUCCAGGCGCUCGUCGAUGAUGGCGCCGGUCCCUCCCUGCCCACCCGCUCCUCGGAUGAGUUCCGACCAUUCGUUCGCCGCCUCCCCGAGUUCAAAUUCUGGUAUUCAAUUACUAAAGCUUUUUGCGUCGCUUUUGUGCUGACAUUCUUCAGCGUGUUUGAUGUGCCCGUGUUUUGGCCUAUUCUACUCUUUUACUGGUUAGUGCUGUUCACGGUCACAAUGAAGAGACAGAUUCUCCACAUGAUCAAGUACAAAUAUGUCCCGUUCACUUUCGGGAAGCAGCGUUACACUAGCAAGAAACCGGCCUCCUCUGAUGACGCAGGUCUUUCUAGUAACUGAAUAAGUGAUUACUUCUAAGCAUCCCAAGGCGAAGACUAUGUUAGAAGAAGCGGACAGUCAUUUGCUUCUUCCACUCGUCGGUGUUUGGCGAGCUGAUGUUAGUUUGCUGUUUCAGGCAGGCUCACUGAAAAAGAUGGCUUCUGAUGUGCAUUUUUUUUUCUUUUAUCUACUGUAACACUGAAGUUUGAACACCCAGAAACAGUAUGCUUAUUAGAUUGUGUAACUACCGGAAAUGUUGAAGUUCUUCGAUGUGUUUGAAUCUCUCUGUUGACUGUUGGUAAAUGAUCAAACAGAUAAAUAAUGGUUUUUGUUUA